AUGGCCAGUCUGCACCUUCUCAUUCUUUCCCUCCUCCUACUAUCCACCGUCGUACCACCGUCUCAUGGAGCUGAACCCACCGGAAAACCACCCAACACCCUCCCGGAAGAAUGCCAAAACUCCAGCGGCGGACCAUGCCACAGUAAAGCCAGAUCUUUAAAACUUAAACUCAUUGCCAUUGCCGCAAUACUAGUCACUAGUAUGGCAGGUGUCACCCUUCCCAUACUUUCCCGGGUCGUACCCGCUUUACAACCCGAUAAAAAGCUCUUUGUGUUGGUUAAAGCCUUUGCUUCGGGUGUAAUUCUUGCAACCGGGUACAUGCAUGUCUUACCCGAUUCGUUUGAUUGCUUGACCUCCAAAUGCUUACCUGAAAACCCAUGGAGAAAGUUCCCAUUCACAACGUUUAUCGCAAUGCUGUCAGCUGUAGCAACAUUAAUGGUUGAUUCGUACGCAAUGAGUUGGUACAAGAAAUACGGUUCUUCCGUUCAGGGAAACAAAAAUCUGAACCCACAAGUACUAAAAAUCUCAGGUCAUUGCCAUGGUGAAGGGUCAUCUGGGCUUGAUGAUCCGGUAUCGCAGUUGAGGCGCUACCGGGUGGUUGCUCAGGUACUAGAGCUAGGAAUAGUUGUACAUUCGGUUGUGAUCGGACUAUCAAUGGGUGCAUCAGACAAUCUAUGCACCAUAAGACCUCUUGUGGCUGCUUUAUGCUUCCAUCAAUUCUUUGAAGGAAUGGGUCUUGGUGGUUGCAUUCUUCAGGCGGAGUAUGAGACGAAGAUGAAGGCGAUAAUGGUGUUUUUCUUCUCUGCAACAACUCCAUUUGGGAUAGCACUGGGGAUAGGGCUGUCGAACGUGUACCGGGAAAAUAGUCCGACGGCAUUGAUCGUGGUUGGAGUAUUAGACGCCGUAUCCGCAGGAUUACUGAAUUAUAUGGCGUUGGUAGAUCUAUUAGCCUCAGAUUUCAUGGGGAAAAAGCUUCAAGACGACAUGAAGCUUCAAGCAAUUUCAUAUGCUGCAGUUUUUUUGGGUGCCGGCGGGAUGUCGGUGAUGGCAAUUUGGGCAUAA